AUGGCUGGAAAUCAUGUGUUAUCCAUUAGUAGUUUUUUUAAAGACAACAUGAAACAAUUUAAAAGAGGUGAAAUAGCGGAUAAAGAUGGCCAUAUACUGAAAUUCCUGGCAGAUUUAGAACAAAAUAUUGUUGUAGGUGAUGUCAAACCAAGUAUGAAAAGUGAUCCUUACAAGGUUAGGAUUUUAUUAAAUGAAGGUAGUAUAUCUGAUGCCCAUUGUUCUUGUUCGGAGUUGCAAUUUGUCACCAUAUUGCAGCUUUGGCAUUGUAUACACAUUAUAACAUUAGUUCAACUGACAAAGCUUGCUCAUGGAGUGCAAGACCAGUUAAUGUGUCUAGUCAUAUAA